CAGACAAGCAGGACAGACUUGUAGAGCAAAGCGCCCGCCAUGGCUUCUGCACAGGAUAUCCCUGUUCUCCUUCGCUUCCUCAACCAAGAGGCCAAAGUCCCUCUCAAGCAGGCUAUCGGCAAGGUGCCUGAUCUGCAAGCGGCGAGUCUCAACACCGCUUUAGACAUAUCUAAAGCCGAUUUCGCAACGCUCAAGAACAUUUUUGGGGACGAGAAAGCAGCGCGGCAAUGUCUCAAUGCGGCAAAACGAGUGUCCAAGAAACGGACGGCUGCAGAUCAAGAUAGCGCUACAGCGGCAUCUGCGCCGUCGCCAGUCAAGAAGGCGAAGGCGAAAGCGACGUUUGGCCAGCCACUGAGUGGUGCGGAGCUCGAGGCGGAGCUUGCACUGCCGGAAGCAGAGAUGAACGAAGAGGUGUUGAAGGCGACAGUUUUAUACACCAAUCGCGCGCCUUUAUUGCUUGCAUUUGCUGUUACAUUGGUAAAGUACACGAUGCCUGAGCAGCCGAUCUCGAGUAGGCUGAGUCUCGCCCAAGCAGUCACAUCUAUGAAUAGCAAGACGAAAGCUGUGCAUGUUGGGCUGGACAAGUGGCGGCCUGCGGAAGAAGAAGGGUGGGGUGAGGGACAGCCGGUUAUACGCAUCAUGACGCGCGAGAUACGGGUCAUGAAGCGGUGGGGGUACGAGUGGGAGGACGAAGGCUACGGGACCCAGCGAACAGCCAAGUCUUUGUCCGAUAUAUCAGUUGAGGAAAGAGCGAAGGAGACUGCGCUAUGGGCUGUCGAUCUAGAGGCGUUGAAGCAGGCCAACCAGCCGGGUAGUUUGACGCACUCCAAGAGUGGACAGGGAAUCCUGCCGAUUUACUCGGCGCAAAAACCUAGGUCAUAUCUUCUGCAAGCGUUUGAGAAGAUACCAGAAGAUGGGGUCAAGCAAGAAGGCGAUGCGCCGACGAAAGCAAAGGCGAAGGCGAAGAAAAGUGCGGAUGCUACGAGAGCGGAAAAGAAACGGAACCUGGGUUUGCUGCUAGGGGCACUAGAACUAUUGCAUCGGUCUUGGGCAAGCAUACUGAGCAAAGAAGACCUAGACAAACGUGCUUGGGGAUGGUACGUCCAUGUUCGACCCGAGGUGGCUCAAGGGACUGCGGGUUGGGGAGCGAAGGGCAAUGUGAAGCUAUCAGAUAUUCUGGACUUGCGAAGACCAAGUAAAUAGCAGAACAAGGACAUAUGCUGAAGGGCG